AUCUGAUCUGUUUCGUUCGUACUACCUGUCCGCUCAUCCAUACGCGUUUCGAUCCCGUGUGUGUGUACAUUAUACGUAAUUGAUGAACAUAAGUGAAAAGUUUACCGAUGUCUCGUCUGCCAAUAAAUAUAUUUCGAAGCACGUGUAAAAAGUGAGGUUAUGUUUUAGUGACGAUAGAGUAAGAAUAAAUAGUUGCAUUAAGUUAAAUACUUUAAUAUGGAAGCGAUUUGGAAUCGCGUGCAAUUGGAGCGACCACCGAAUGCGACUUGUCGUGUCGCACGUCAGAAAUUUGAUAUAACUAAAUUUAACGCGAGUAUAGAUCAAGCUCUGAAAGAUUUGACUUCCCAAGAAUUGUUCCACAAAGAAGCUGCGAUCUUAAGCAGAUUGAUUUAUCGCAUGAAAAUUAAAUUUCGAAACGACAAGGCUUUAAAGUCGAUGUGUAAGUUGAACAAAGCUUUGCUCAAAUACUUGUCACUGUGCCUUGAGAAAGAAUAUAAGAAUUUGAAGAAUUACGUCGAGGUGGACGAGAAGUUCGUUACGUUGCCGAGUAGGCAAAUGGUAGAAUUCGUUUUAGUUAAAACGCAAGGCUUUGCGAAACUUAUGUUACGCGUGGAAGAGGUUUCUAAGUAUUCUGCGUAUUAUCUUAAAUGCAGAAUAAAUUUAGGUCAUGCUUGGUCCAUGGCUUUAGUCGCAUAUUCUGUCGUCAGUAGAAUAUGGCUGUUGUCGAGGUAUUUAGUUUCGAGAUCGUGCACGUGGUACAAUGAUUUAUAUCCACAUUUGAAAUUGCUCAAAGUUUCCGGUCUACCUUGGCUGCCUGCCGAUCAUGAACUCACAAGCGAUUUAAAAUCAUGGCUGGCAGUCCCAUGGAUAGACGAGAUCACUCCAAGAGUUCCGCAAACGUAUGGAGUGAAAAAUACGAUGUUUAAAUUACUGACGCCACGCGAUCACGAUUCCGACGAAGAUCCAUUUCUCGAUGUACAAGAUUCUUAUAGAACAAUAAAAUUGGAAGAGUCGUCCUCACACGUAGAAAAUCUUGAUACGCUUAACUCAAGUGUUGACACUCAGAAAGUCGUUCCUAACGAUGAUACGGGAGAAACUAUAGAUCGUCAUUCUUUUAAUUUAAAUCGUGCUGAGAAGAAACGUGCCGGAAAUACGAGAGACGAGUCGACGAGCACCGAAGUGAAAUUAAAAGGAUCGACGAAAAAAAGAGCUUCGAAGGAAAUAUUAACUUUUGACGAUGUCAAGAGUAAAUCGGACCUGAUAGAUCUCCUGGCCAAAGAGUCGUAUCCUGGUUUGGACAAAUUGCAGUGGAACAUGAUUAAAAAGAAGAGUAAGAAACUGUUAGAUAAAAUGGAGGCUCGUUCCAGCGGAACCGAACAGUCUGUACUUCAGGCAGCGAUGAAGCGUAUAAGAAAGUGGAUUUAAAGAUGGCACGGAAAUAAACGUCGUAUUUAUGAUGAAA